GGUCGACGUUCGUUCCUCUACAAGGACAUAGCGAUACUAGCCUUCGUACUAAAGUUGAGUUACUGUGAGAAGUGCAACGCUAAACUAAAGGUGAAAAACACAAAGGUGUCCGUGUGGAUUUUUCAAAAAUUCCUUACCGUUAGUUAUUUGAGAUUAUGAGUUAUGCGAGCAGAAAUAAAUUGGAGUCUGCUCGCACACAAAAUGAAGAGGACGUAGAUGUAGUCGGUCGUAGUACGAGGCAUAGACGUCAUUGGUGGCAAACAAAAAACAAGCGAAACAAGAGACCGAUUCCCAAUUAUAAUAGUAUGGCAGUUGACUCGGUUAGAAAGAAUUGUUUGCAGUUAACAAAAGGAUUCAACGAAGAUGACGCUCCAAUUAACAAGAAGUUACCCAAAGAGCUGAUAUUGAGAAUAUUUUCGUAUCUGGACGUCGUCUCGUUAUGUCGUUGCGCUCAAGUUUCCAAAUCGUGGAACGUUCUAGCCUUAGACGGUUCAAAUUGGCAACGAAUUGAUCUGUUCGAUUUUCAAAAGGAUGUCGAGGGCCCAAUAAUAGAAAACAUAUCGAGAAGAUGUGGCGGCUUCUUACGGCAGCUAUCACUACGCGGAUGCCAGUCGAUCGCAGACGGCUCAAUGAAAACACUCGCUCAAUUAUGUCCGAACGUCGAAGAUCUUAACUUGAACGGCUGUAAGAAGAUUACCGAUACAACUUGUCAGUCGCUAUCGAAGCACUGCUCGAAGUUGCAAAAGUUAAAUUUAGAUAGUUGCUCGGCCAUUACCGAUUUAUCUCUGAAAUCGUUAAGUGACGGUUGCCCUCAGUUAUCGCAUAUUAAUAUUAGUUGGUGUAGUAACAUUACUGAGAGUGGCGUCGAGGCGCUGGCCAGAGGAUGUCCUAAACUUAAAAGUUUCGUUAGUAAAGGCUGCAGGCAGAUUACAUCGAGGGCCGUCAUAUGUCUAGCGAGAUUCUGCGAGAAUUUAGAGAUAAUCAACUUGCUUGGUUGUAGUAACAUAAGGGAUGAAGCUGUGCAAGCAUUAGCCGAAAAAUGCAGCAAGGUACACUAUUUGUGUCUCUCAGGAUGUUCGAAGUUAACAGAUACAUCUUUAAUAGCUUUAGCCCAACAGUGCCCCUUUCUAUCGACGCUCGAAGUCGCCGGUUGUUCUCAAUUCACCGAUGCCGCAUUUCAAGCCUUGGCCAGAAGCUGUCGUUAUUUAGAGAAAAUGGACUUGGACGAGUGCGUAUUAAUUACAGAUGCAACUUUGAUACAUCUAUCAAUGGGUUGUCCUAGAAUUGAGUACUUGACGUUGUCACAUUGUGAGUUGAUCACCGAUGAAGGAAUUAGGCAUUUAUCGAUGUCACCAUGCGCUGCUGAGAACCUAACUGUAUUAGAAUUAGACAAUUGUCCACUAGUCACUGAUGCUUCACUGGAACAUCUCACUUCGUGUCAUAACUUGCAACGCGUUGAACUUUAUGAUUGUCAACUCAUCACUAGAGUAGGAAUUCGUAGAUUACGAAGCCAUUUACCAAAUAUAAAGGUCCACGCGUACUUUGCGCCAGUCACACCACCGCCAUCCGCCGGAGGUUCCCGCCAGCGUUACUGUAGGUGCUGCGCAAUUCUAUGAGGCAGCGACCCCGACGGCUCCCACCACCCAUUUCCACCAUGAUACCACGUGCUAGUGAUUAUUAUUUAAAUUUUUUGACGCAAAUUACUGAUCUUGAUCAAAUUGGGCCUUAUACUCUUAGAGUUUUGUUACAAUGUUUUUUAAAAACAAUUUGGCAUAAUUAUGUGUGCGAGUGUGUGUAUGUAUGUACGGCGCAAGCCGCCACCACCGUUACUUCACUUGCAAAAUCGUACACAUAGAUGUGAAUUUUGGGUUCGCUUAGUUAAUUUUGGAGCCUUUGGGGAGGGUUAUUUAACGGAAUCUUUGUAAAUGUUUACACUAUAAAUGCUGUGACUAAUAUCGAAAAUGGGGUAGUUUAGUAUUAUCUGACCACUAACUACUUUAUUACUUACUACUACCAUUCAUUUUUAAACUUAAUUUAUAUAAUUUAUUGGGUAUUUUCGGAAUGCGUGACAAGCAAAAAUUGUGUGUGAUAGAAAGCGGUUAAAAUUAUUUGAGUAGGUAUGACCAAAUCAACGAGUUUCGGCAAAUGCUUCAAUUUCUUUUUAUUGGUAUGCCUCAAAAUGCCUGUGAUAUGAAAAGUGAGUUUUUGACUGUUUUGAAUUUUUGCGCCAACUAAAAUUGUGAGUUGGGUAAUUUUAGUUGGUGCAAAAACAUCAUUUUCAAUUUUUAUCUUUGAAAACCAUGAUGUUGUUUCUCAUAAUUUGUAGAUAAGGUUAGGUUCACAUUAAUGUAGUAAUUUGAUGUAAUUGUGUUAAUGUAAUACUGACUACUUUACCUGUAUGAAUUUCUUUGAGGGCGUCUUUCUUUUAGUGCAAUCAUUUUAAUCUAGUCUAUAAGAUUUUUUUAACACAGAUGAGUAUGAGAAGUAAUUUAUACAGGGUGUAGUUAAUAUUUAAGUAACACUAAUGUAUUGCUUGCUUAAUUAACAAUACCUAGAAUAGAUUUUAAUUGGUGUUCGAAGGAUUAGUAGUCCCACUCGAGUGGACAGUGUUAUCGGACGUUGUAUUCUUGGUGACGGUUAUUAGAAAGAAAUAUUUUCUAAUAACUCUUGCCUUAAGGAUGGUCUCUUAGAAGCAUAACUUGAUAUUUUUAUAUUUAUUGAAGUGUAUAAGUGUUAUAUGUAGAAUAUUUGGCAUAACCAUGCGGAAAUGGUGCAUAAACAUUAUGUCUUAUUUGAAUAUCAUUCGGUGGUAAUUAAUCUGCAUUGACCCAUAACAUUAUUAUAAUAUACAGAGUAUUCCAAUUUUCAAAACUGCUCAAUUAAAAGGGAUACAGAUCUAUUGGUUAUGCAAUGCAGACAACAAUUAUUAAACUCUCCAAUACUGAAUUUCAAAAUUGUUUCUUUUUCGGUAUACCUAGCAUCGCCAAUUAGGGCAAUAAAUUUAGAAUAUUUAUUUUUUCAAAGACUGAGCACUUUGCUGGAUAGGAUUUUUAAACCUAACGUAAAAUUAUAUAAAUAUACAUGUAUGUGCAUUUUUUAAUGUUAAUAAACACAGACAUAUUACUAAUA